GUACAUUAUCAUUCUUCUUACGGUCGUAGUGUUAAUAUUAAAUCGCCACGAAACCUGAAAUUUUGUGGCACUUCUAACUGUAGUGUAUAUCCGGUAGAGGGAAGGUCGUCGUUUCUGCAGCAAGGAGACGUUACUGAAGAGACUACCCAUCACGACAUGGCUUCCCAAGUACGACUUAGAGUGCCUGGAGGGAGAUAUCAUGGCUGGGUGUGCUGUUGGUCUCACGCUCAUCCCACAGAGUAUGGCUUAUGCUGCUGUGGCUGGCCUCACACCUAAUUACGGGUUGUACUCAGCCUUCAUGGGCUGUCUGGUCUACGUAAUCAUGGGCACCUGUAAGGAAAUCAGCAUUGGACCCACAGCUAUCAACGCACUUAUGACUUACGAGUACUCUCGUAGUGGUGGACCAGAGUAUGCAGUACUCUUGUGCUUCCUCAAUGGACUCAUAAUCCUCGCUGCUGCAAUGUGUAACCUGGGAUUCCUGAUCAACUUCAUAUCACGGCCAGUGAUAUGCGCGUUCACCUCGGCAGCGGCCAUCACCAUCGCCUCAACACAGAUUAAAGGUCUCUUUGGUCUCUCCUUCAAAAGUAAUGGCAUUCUCGACACGUAUGUCAAAAUCUUUCAAAACAUUGGUGACACCAGAUGGCAGGAUCUAACCCUAGGAUUGUCUACUAUCGUGGUUUUGCUUCUAAUGAAGAGACUGAAAGAUAUGAAAGCAGUGAAGGUUCGUGCUGGCGACACACUCGGCACACGAAUGUGGAAGAAAGUCGUCUUCUUGGUGUCUAUUGGUCGCAACGCCAUAGUGGUUAUCAUAGGCCUGGUGACGGCCUACCUUCUCGACGAUCACCAGCCCUUCAUUAUCACGGGAGAGGUUGUACCUGGUCUACCAGCGGUCAGGUUGCCACAGUUUACUGCCGUGGUUAAUGGAACGACUCUCUCAUUCGGCGACAUCUUGGAGGACAUUGGAUCUGGAGUUGCUAUUAUCCCCAUUCUUUCCAUCUUGGGCACUGUGGCUAUUGCUAAUGCUUUCUGUGGUGGCAAGACUCUGGAUGCCAAGCAGGAGAUGUAUGCCCUGGGGUUCUGCAACUUGCUGGGGUCAUUCGUGCAAUCGAUGCCAGUGACAGGGUCAUUCUCCCGAACUGCCGUCAAUGCCACCAGCGGCGUCAAGACUACGGCAGGUGGCAUCAUUACCAGCGUCCUGGUGAUGCUGGCGCUGGCCUUCCUUACGUCGCACUUUAAGUUCAUACCCAAGGCAUCACUCUCUGCAGUAAUCAUGUGCGCUGUGUUGUUCAUGGUGGAGUACGAGAUGGUGGCGCCCAUCUGGCGAGCCCGGCGCCUAGACCAACUGCCGCUCUGGGUCACCUUCUUGGCCUGCCUCUUCUGGAAGGUGGAGUAUGGCAUCCUGGUGGGAGUGGCCGUUGAUCUGGCGCUCCUUCUCUAUUCUUCGGCCAUACCCAAAAUUAAUGUUAGCACCAUCAAGAAAGAGGAUGGUGUCAAGGCAGCCUAUGUUUUGGUGGAACCCUGUACUGGUCUGUUCUUCCCGUCAGUGGACUAUGUUCGAGCAGCAGUCAACAAGGCCGGCAUCAGUACAGCAGAAGGAAGUUUGACGGUUGUGCUGGAUUGCUGUCAUUUGACCGGCCUAGAUUUCACUGCUGUCAAGGGAAUUGAAGGUCUGUGCUCAGACUUUCAGAAACGCCAACAGCCAUUGAUCUUGGCAAAUGCUUCACCAAACAUCAAGAAGUCGCUGGCAUGUCUUGAUCCACACAUCAAGAUAACAUCAACACCUGAGGAGCUACACUCACUUCUCAGAUGUGUUUCCCUAAGGAAUGAGGUGACGGCAACUUGCGACCAGAGUGCUGCCGUCAGUGCCAGAGAUGGAUGCAGUCACAACACUCAGCAACAACUGUGCAAUGGUGCACAGCAACAGUGUAGUGUGUGCAAUGGUGCACAGCAACAGUGUAGAGUGUGCAAUGGUGCACAGCAACACUGCAGAGACUUGCAGCGGUGAAGAAUUUGACAUGAUCAAUCCGCUACUGCAAGUCACCACUUCUGCUGCUAAACCGUCCGUCUGCGACCAGCCGGCGUAACAUUCCGCUUCUUUCCACUUGUAACGAGAGUAGACUUAACUGUAGUAUUGGAACCCUUUAGAGUAGACUUAACUGUAGUAUUGGAACCCUUUAGUAAAGUACUGGAUCCCAUUAGUAAACUAUUAGAACCCUUUAGUAAAGUAUUGUAUCCCUUUAGUGAAGUACAGUGGACCCCCGGUUGCGAUAUUAAUCCGUUCCUGAGAGCUCAUCGUAAACCAAAAUUAUCAGAAAGCGAAUCAAUUUUCCCCAUAAGAAAUAAUGGAAAUCAAAUUAAUCCGUGCAAGACCCCCAAAAAUAUGAAAAAAAAACCUUUACCACAUGAAAUAUUAAGUUUAAUGCAAUAGAAUAAUUACAAUAACAAUAGAAUAAUUGACACUUACCUUUAAUGAAGAUCUGGUGGUGAUUGAUGGGAUGGGAGGAGGGGAGAGUGUGGAUGGUGUUAGUGUUUAGAAGGGGAAUCCCCCUCCAUUAGGACUUGAGGUAGCAAGUCCUUUUCUGGGGUUACUUCCCUUCUUCUUUUAAUGCCACUAGGACCAGGUUGAGAGUCACUGGACUUGUGUCGCACAACUUAUCUGUCCAUAGAGGCCUGUACCUCUCGUUCCUUUAUGACUUUCCUAAAGUGGUUCACAACAGUGUCAUUGUACAGGUUGCCAACACGGCUUGCAGUAGCUGUCUGAGGGUGAUUUUCAUCAAGAAAGCUUUGUACUUUACGCUACAUUGCACACAUUUCCUUAAUCUUUGAAGUAGACAACUUCUUCAAUUUCUCUCUCCCCUCCUCCGGAGCAGCUUCCUCAGGUCUGGCUUCUUGCUGUUGAAGAUGAUCUAGCAGCUCAUCAGUGGUUAGUUCGUCAUUGUCCUCCUCCAUAAACUCUUCCACAUCCUCCCCACUAACCUCCAACCCCAAGGACUUCCCCAGUGCCACAAUGGAUUCCUCAACUGGCAUAGGCUUCUCAGGGUUAGCCUCAAACCCUUCGAAAUCCCUUUUGUCUACACAUUCUGGCCACAGUUUUUUCCAACCAGAGUUCAAGGUCCUCUUAGUCACUCCCUCCCAAGCCUUACCUAUAAGGGUUACACAAUUGAGGAUAUUAAAGUGAUCCUUCCAAAACUCCUUUAGCCAAUAGAGUAUCUGUGGUCACUUCAAAGCACCUUUCAAACAUAGCUUUUGUGUACAGUUUCUUGAAGUUGGAAAUGACCUGCUGGUCCAUGGGCUGCAGGAGAGGAGUGGUAUUAGGAGGCAAAAACUUGACCUUAAUGAAGCUCAUGUCCCCAGAAAGUCGCUCUGCCAAGUCUAUAGGAUGACCAGGAGCAUUGUCUAAUACCAGGAGGCACUUAUGGUCUAAUUUCUUUUCAAUUAGGUAAUUUUUCACAUUGGGGGCAAAUGCAUGGUGUAACCAGUCAUAGAAAAAGUCCCUAGUGACCCAUGCCUUACUGUUUGCCCUCCACAGCACACACAAAUUAGCCUUGAGGAUAUUCUUUUGCCUGAACGCUCUGGGAGUUUCUGAGUGAUACACCAAUAAAGGCUUCACUUUGCAAUCACCACUAGCAUUGGCACACAUCAGAAGAGUAAGCCUGUCUUUCAAAGGCUUAUGUCCUGGGAGUGCCUUUUCCUCCUGAGUAAUGUAGGUCCUGCUUGGCAAUUUCUUCCAAAACAGGCCUGUUUCGUCACAAUUAAACACUUGUUCAGGUUUCAAUCCUUCAGCCUCUAUGUACUCCUUGAAUUCAUGCACAUAUUUUUCAGCUGCUUUGUGGUCUGAACUGGCAGCCUCACCAUGCCUAAUCACACUAUGUAUGCCACUACGAUUCUUAAAUCUUUCAAACCAAUCUUUGCUGGCCUUAAAUUCACUCACAUCACCACUAGCUGCAGGCAAUUUCUUUACCAAAUCGUCAUGCAAGUGCCUAGCCUUUUCACAAAUGAUCGCUUGAGAGAUGCUAUCUCCUGCUAUCUGUUUUUCAUUUAUCCACACCAAUAACAGUCUCUCAACAUUUUCUAACACUUGCGGUCGCUGUUUCGUAAUCACAGUUGCACCUUUUGCAAGAACAGCUUCCUUGAUUGACGUUUUCCUGCUCACUGUAGUAGAGAUGGUUGAUUGGGGUUUACUAUACAACCUGACCAGCUCCGACACACGCACUCUACUUUUGUACUUUGCAAUUAUCUCUUUCUUCAUUUCAAUAGUCAUUAGCACCCUUGGUUUCGAAGGGUUGGCACUAGAAGCUUUCUUGGGGCCCAUGGUGACUUAUUUUGCAGAAACAAGCACAAAAAACAGUGAUAAUAUGGAUAAUAUGGAAUGUACCGAAUGUAUCCUUGGAUGCGCGCACACUGGCUGGCUUGUAAACACUGGCACACACGGGGCAGUUCAGGCCACACGUGAACACGUCUCGUGCGAAUCGCAUUGCAUACCGGGUUUUGUAAUGGGAACCGAGGCAAAUUUUUUGCAAUAUAAUGCAUCGGUUACCAGAUUUAUCGGAUACUGAUAGCAUCGCGAACCGGGAGUCCACUGUACUGGAUCCUUUUAGUGAAGUAUUGGAUCCCUUUAGUAAAGUAUUGAAUCUCAAAGCAUAAUAUUGACAGUAUUAUUGGAACUCAAGUAAUUUAAGUGGACACAAGAAUAAAAAAUACUACUUUAUAAAAAGUACUUUUUAGUAACUUUUUCUUAAUCGACCGUAUGUGAGGACCAGCAUAGUAUUCCCCUGCUUUUGUACUUAUUGUUGGAGCUUAAGUUUUUCUGUGUACUUAGUGUAGACUUAACUGUAGUAUUGGAUCCCUUUAGUAAAGUAUUGGAACUCUUUAGUAAAGUAUUGGAGUCCUUUAGUAAAGCAUUGGAUCCCUUUACUAAGGGGGUCCAACACUUUAUUAAAGUAUUGGAGUCUUUUAGUGAAGUAUUGGAUCCCUUUAGUAAAGUAUUGGAAGCCUUUAGUAAAGUAUUGGAAACCUUUAGUAAAGUACAGUGGACCCCCAGUUUACGAUAUUAUUUCAUUCCAGAAGUAUGUUCAGGUGCCAGUACUGAACGAAUUUGUUCCCAUAAGGAAUAUUGUGAAUUAGAUUAGUCCAUUUCAAACCCCCAAACAUACAUGUACAAACGCACUUAUGUAAAUACACUUACAUAAUUGGUCGCAUUGGGAGGUGAUCGUAAAGCAGGGGUCCGCUGUAUUGGAUCCCUUUAGUAAAGUAUUGAAUCCCUUUAGUAAGGUAUUAAAUUUCAUAAGUAAAUUAUUGAAAGUAUUAUUGGAACUUAAGUAAUUUAAGUAGACACAAGAAUAAAAAAUAGUACUUAAAAAAAAAAUACUUUUUUGUAACUUUCAAAUUGACCGUAUGUGAGGAGCAACAUAAUACUUCCUGGUUUUUGUACUUAGUGUUGGCACUUAAGUUUUCUGUGUGUACAAAUGUGUGAAAAACACUAUUAUAUAACCUUUGAUAUAACGAACAAAUAGUGUCCAUUAAAUUAGAAAUACAGCCUCUCCUCACUUAACGAUGGAGAUAGGAACCUAAGACACCCGUACUAUAAUGGUGGUGGAUUUGUGUCAACCAUCUUUGAUAUUAUGUAUUUUAAUGUCACCUUUACAUCAUUAUAUAAGAUUUCUGGUAUAUUUUUAAAUGUUUAUACAGCAGUGUACUGUACAUUGUAAUAAACAGAAUUGAGGAAAUCAGCUCUAAUAUACAUUAUUUAGGUAUAAAUACUGGUCGGAGAGCCCAUCGUAAGUCCGAGGUGUCGGUAAACGAGUACGUCGCUAAGUGAAGAGAGGCACCUCCGUAAAAUAGGGAGAAAAGGGGAUCUGCUUUUGUGGAAAUCUGUUAUAAUGAACAUUUUGAUAAAGUAAAGUCUGCUUUGUCAAUGGACUUCUAGACAUGGACGUAUGUCCAGUGCAGCGGAUGUAGUCUGCUGCAUUGAUGGUACUACCAAUUUUACUAAGAAUAUUUGGUACAGUAAAUUACCUGAUAAUCAGAGUUUAGAGUACAGUGGAUGUAUGUAGUGUGAUGGUAGUAGAGUUGUGAUUGGUGGAGUGUGCAAGUCACACUUAUAAUAAUAAUAGUAAUAAUAAUAAUAAUAAUAAUAAAAUCUUUAUUUACUACAAGUACAUGUACAAGGUAUACAGACCAUAACUGACAUCAGUGACAUACUACUAUAUAGAAAGCCACUUGUUAGGCUGAGCAUUUCCCACAAAUUAGGUCAGUUUUGUCCUAGGGUGCGACCCACACCAGUCGACUAACACUAGGUACCCAUUUUACGCUGAUGGAUGAACAGGGACAGGGACAGCAGGUGUCUUAUGAAAACAUGUCCCAAAUGUUUUCCAGCUGUACCAGAGGAGAUUUGAACCCCAGACCUCAGUGUGUGAUCUGAGUGCACUAGCGAUCAAGCUACGGACACCGGGCACCUAAUUUAAAUCCAGUCCCUGACACCUGACUUAAAUCUAAUCCCUCUCAUGUACAAGUCCCACAAAUAUUCAAUCCCUCUCAUGUACAAGUCCCAUUUAUAUUCAAUCCUUCUCAUGUAAAAGUCCUAUUUAUAUUCAAUCCCUCUCAUGUACAAGUCCCACAUAUGACACAGAGAGAAAGGGGGCUAGUAAUCCCAUCUACUGUAUACUGAAACUUUCAUUCUUCCUUUUUAGAUCCCUGUGCCUCAGUGGGUGAUGGCCAAUGCACUGAAAACUGUAGAACUAUAAUACAAAAGGUGUGGUUAGGUUAGGUUCGUCAGGAAACAGGACAAGUGUUUCCUGAUGCGGGUCUUAAUCAGAUGAUGACUCACCGUUAAAGAAUAAAGAUUUUAUUUCUUUGUAGAGGUUACAAUGUGUAAUUUGGUUUGUUAAGUACAAAGGAAGUCACUAUCAUGCCGGGGCAUUUCACCCAGACUUAUUCCAGUACAUAAUAACUACUUAAAUCUAGACAAGAUAAGAAUGGUUAACUUCUUAAUAAAUAUGCAUUUAAUCUUAAUACUAAUGUGAGGUAGUCAAGGUGGAGGUUUAUAAGAAUAAUCUUGAAGUUGCACAUAAUAAAAACAAUAUUACAAUUAAUGGUUCAAACAGUAAUAUUUCAUGAACUGGCAGAUGUUUAAUAAACUAGAGGUCGUAAAUAUAUUUGGGAGAGUUGCUUCAAACUGAUUACAAGUUGUUUUGGUUAGUAUUGAGAGAGGAGAGGAUUUUUAGGAAUAGUCUUAAAUUUAUAUAUAGUAAGUGGAGCAUUUGGUCAACUGACCGAGGCCUUCCACUAGUAAAGAUGAGGUAAUCAGUCCCUCAUUUUUUGUAUAUGUUCUACCUUCUUCACAUUAUGUUCUUGUACUGAUAAAGCCACUGGAUGGCAGAAUGUCUACAAAUAAAGAUAGGCAAAUGUUGCACACGUGUCCCAUGGCUGGAUUGGUAGUGCACUUGGCUCACACUGAGGUCCUUGGUUCGAUCCUUGGUACGGGUAGAAACACUGGGGCAUGUUGCUUUAAGACAACUGCUGUCCAUGUUCACCUAGCAGUAAGUAGGUACCUGGGUGUUAGUCACCUUACACCUGCUGUCACUGUUCACCUAGCAGUAAGUAGGUAUGUACUUGGGUGUUAGUUGAUUGGUAUGGGUGGCAUCCUGGGACCAAAACUUAAGUUGCAGGAAAUGCUUUGUAUAACCAGGGAAUUUCUAUAUAUUGUCAUUGAUGUCAGCUAUGGUCUGUAUAAGUUGUAUCAUGUUCCUGUAGAAAUAAAAAUUAUUAUUAUUAUGAACUAAAGAAACUUACAAUUGAUCGGAAUUUGUCACUGGUGUGACCAGAUCAGACAGUCGUGUGAUUUAGUGGACUUGAUCUACUGCUUCUCUAAUUUUACCAGACAACCCACUUAGUGGACAUAUCGAGCUUUUGUCGAGCCAGACUUUUUUUUGCCCAUUUCAUCCCAUGUCCACUUUACAGAGGUGUUUUAGCCAGGUUUAAAAACAGUGAUAACACUGUCGGAAAAGCCACUUGUGUAUUCUAUCAUAUACUUCUCAUAUAUACACCAUACUACAUCUUUCUUUCUUUCUUUCAACACACCGGCCGUAUCCCACCGAGGCGGGGUGGCCGAAAAGGAAAAACGAAAGUUUCUCCUUUAACAGUUAGUAAUACAGUGGACCCCCGGUUAACGAUAUUUUUUCACUCCAGAAGUAUGUUCAGGUGCCAGUAGUGACCGAAUUUGUUCCCAUAAGGAAUAUUGUGAAGUAGAUUAGUCCAUUUCAGACCCCCAAACAUACACGUACAAACGCACUUACAUAAAUACACUUACAUAAUCGGUCGCAUUCGGAGGUGAUCGUUAUGCGGGGGUCCACUGUAUAUACAGGAGAAGAGGUUACUAGCCCCCUUGCUCCCGGCAUUUUAGUCGCCUCUAUACACACAAUAUACUACAUAUAUACACUACUUUUUCUUUUUAGGCCACCAUGCCAUUGUGGGAUAUGGCCGGUUUGUUGAAAAAAAAUACACUAUGUACUACAUAUGUGCAAUAUACUUAAUAUAUACACAUAUACACAGUAUACUACAUAUAUGCACAAUAUACUAAAUAUAUACACAAUAUACUACAUAAUAAUAAUAAAAGUUCAUUAUAUCGAGGGUUUAAACUAAAAAAGUAAUUCCUAGAAGCUGAAGCGUUCAAAGAUUAUCAUUUUAUUUUGGUUUAGUUUUUAGGUUUGUUGUAGUGUUUUUUAUCAGGUGUUUUUAAAACAUUUUUGUGAUCGGUAUGGUAACUUGAUCUUUCUUAUACAUAUGAAUGUAUACAGGUUUAUACAUUAAAACAAAAACUGGGAAAUUGCAAUAGAAAUAUUUGGUUUUAUCGAGUAAUUUUAAGAUUUAUUGUAUGUUAUUAAUUUAUUUAAUUUUAUUACAGUAGAUCUUGGAUUAUUUGGGCUCUUAUGACAUAAUUCUUUGUUUUUUCUCAGGAGGUGCCUGGUGUAUGUAUUAAAAAAUAUUAAAAUUUGCAGCUUGAUAAUUGUCCACAAUAGUCAAAAACAUCUUCUCCAAAGUGUAGAUGACUUGUGACUUUUAAUUCUAAGAAUUCAAUUUGUUAUUUUACAAAUUCCAUUGUCUUUAAUUGAUGCCGUCAUACUUUCUAGAAACUCGGAUUCCUUUUACUUCUCAUGCACUGUAUGACCCUUGUAGGUUUAGCACUUUUUUUUUUAUUAUAAUUUCACACUCCAAAGUAUGUAACAAUAUUACAGCUUCUGGUAUGAGACUCGAUCUAAGGAGCUGGACUUACUGCUCACAUCCCCAGCCACUACACUAACUGACCAACACUCUUCCCAUCAUUACUAUAAAAAAAAAAAGGUUUAUGCUACUCUUGGGAUCCCAAAAGUCUGAUAACCACGUCCUCCACUUAACAAUUAAGAGGCAUGUAAGUUUCCCCGUCUGCUAAUAACAUGUUCAUAAUUACUAUCACAUUUACUUUGUCUUGUAAGAUGAAGUCUAAGAUCUUAAUUGUGUUGGAGGUGUGUGAGCAAAGCUCAGACACCUCCAACACAAUUGUUAUCAAACAUUUAUUAAGUUAUACCAUGAAUUAAGAAAAGAUCCUAGAUUUCACCUUACACAAAAAGCAAAUGUGAUAGUAAUUAUGAACAAGGUAGAUCAUAGUGGAAAAAUAAAUAUGUUCUUAGAAGACGGGGAAAGUUACAUGCCCCUUAAAGCUACUAUGUGGUCAAGCAUACCUAGGCGUUGUAAUAUGCUCGAGCAUAGACCUUUGAGUGUGAAGAGUAUAGUCACAAAGGAAGUAUAAUCGAAGCUGACCAAAAUUCACAAUAGUAAUUUGUGUCAAAGGUGGGAUGUACUAGCGACUUUCUAUCAUUAUUAAGCCUGUUGGAUUAGUACUGUAUGACUGCCCUAUGAAUGUAAUGCUUCAGCCUCUUAAAAUGAAUUAACGUGAUUGAAUCACCUCUGUACAGAGCUCACUUGUGUUUAUUAAGAAAAAGAACCAGUAAACCCACUAAGGUUAUACAACUCAACUUGUAUUGUAAUGUUUCCUAAUAUUGUUCACUUAGUCAUGAUUAUAAUGUUAUAUUUUGCUUGGAUGCUUUACUUGACAUUUGUUUUAUUACAAAUAUUCUUUAUGUGCUUUCCUAUGAUUGUUUGUCAAUCAAAGUAUCUAUUAUAGAGGUUUUUAAUAUAUAAUGUAGCUUCAGUAA